UUGGUACCGGCACGCUGCUGCUCUUUCAUAAUUUAAUAUUUUUUAUAUUUUAUUUAAUAUUAUAUUCUAUCUAUAAAUAUAUAAAAUAAUAAAAUAUAGUAUUUUUACUAUAACUAAUAAAGUGUCGACAUUCAGGUUUUUUAAACUCAAUAACAAAAAAAUAAUCUAUCAUUCAGUACAUAGUAAUUAAUGUUAAGUUGUAAUAAAAAUUGGAGUAAAAUAUUUAUUAUGUGUUUAGCCGAUGGGUUGUGGAGGCGGCGGCAACGUUAUCACCCUCGAUAGAGUCAGUCGUCAUCGUCUUCGAGCGUUAAACACCGCGAGUACUUCCCAUUGACAUCGAUACUACGUAAUUGUUGUACAGGUUGUUGCCAGUUAUUCGCAUUUCAGCCAGUUGGUGUUUGUCAUUCAACAGAUACAUUUGUUACCAACGUCGUCAUUUACUUUAAAAGUAAUUUUUUUUUUUAUUUUAUAUUUUUUAUUGUAUAUUUUUUUUUUUUUUUCUUUUUUAUCAUACUGGUUAGCUGGCUACACGUUAUUGAUUUAUUUGUUAGAUGUUGUAUUGAAUUAAAAGAAUCGUCUAUGGCACAAUGAUUGAUUCGAGUAAUGUUCAAGGAUCAAGUGGACUUGCUACAGCUUUAAAAGAUCGUCCAGCUUGUGUGAUGCCUGUUCAACCAAAUCGUUCAUUACCGGUAUUACCGGCACCUCAUUCACCUUAUCGAGCUAUUGUAUCCCGGAGGACAUCUACAACUGCCAGUGAUUCAGCAUCCACUGAAUUGACUGGACUGUCAAAUAAACAAUUAUUAAAAAAUGUCCAAGAUCUCACCAAGAUCGAUAUCCCAAAUUUAAAGAAAAAUAAUGAAUUAUUACGUAAACCUGUCAUCAAUAUCAUACAAGAAUCACGGUCUCAUGAGAAGAGUAAUCAAAAUAUUUCAAGGCGUUUAGGAACAAAAAGAAAACCUGAUGGUGACAUUGAAAACAACAACAGCAACAACAACACUAAUAUCAAUGGAAUCAAUUGUAAAGACACAAUAAACAACUAUAACUUUAUUGAUAUUUCUAAAAGCCCUGAGAGAUGUGACUCUAUUGAUGCUGAUUCAUCAAUAAAUGUUGAUCCUUUGUCACUUUAUUAUACAAAUGAUUCUGAUGCUCAAAAACGAGAAUUAGGACCAAUUAAAAAACGUCGAAAAAGAAAAGAUAAAAAAUUUCAAGAUGAAGAAAUGGGUAAACCUAAAAUAGUCCCACCUUUGAGACUCAAGAAAAUACAAAGUUUGCAGGCAAACGUUACUACAGCGUGUUAUCAACCCAAUAACGAUGAAGAAGAACGAAUUAAACAAAUAAUAGAGAGAGAACGUCAAGAGUGUAUCCCUAAAUUUAGAUAUUAUCAACCGAAACCCCCAGAAGUCCCAAUAAUAAUACCAGACACUAGGCCAAUCAACAACACAGAAAACGCCAGUAAAUAUCGUAUUGUCAGUGGACAAACUCCACCCUACGACGAGCGUAUUGACUCAUCAACUAUGUCAAAUAAGGAUGCUCAAGAGUUGCGUUAUCGUAAAAAUAAACUUAAACUAAAACUACGAGAAUUAAAAAAAAAAACUGUUGAAUUGAGUCGAGCUAUGUUAAAAACACUCUCACCACCUUCAACGCCUGUUAAGGUUACUAUUGAAUCUUAUGCUCAACAAAUUGAAAAAUUGACAAAUUUAUUAAAAAUGCUUCCUGAAAUACCACAGGAGACUAGUGAUUCUGAAGUAAUCAAUAAUAAUAAUAAUAAUCAUAACAAUAAUAAUAAUAUUAUUAAAAAAAAAAAUAAUAAAAUAAUAGCAAAUGAUUUACCAAAUUUAAAUGCUUCUCCACCCUGUUCAACGACUCACAAAGACAUAUCAGUGGUGUCUCAGUACACUUCACCAUCACCAGAACCACCAAAAUUAUCACCAAAAAUACCAAUUAAUUAUGAAACAACAACAACAACAACAGCGACAACAACAAGUCCUUGUGACGAGAGAAAUAGUCCACCUUUAUUGCCAAGAGCAACUUCAACCAAUGGAGAUAAUUUUGAAGACGAUUGGGAAGAGAAUCAACUGUAUAAUAAAUUACUUGAACAAGUAAAUAAUAAAUUAAAAGCAUCUGAAGACAGUGAAUUAAAUAUUUCAUCGGUAAAUUCAUCAAUUAUCACCACAACUACUGGAAGUAUUGUUACCGAGCAAAUUGAUAUAGAUGAUAAACCAGAAUAUUUUGAUUUAUCAACAGAUAUAACUAAAAGUGAAUUAUAUGAUCCAGUAAAUAAUCAAGUUGAUAUAACUGAAGAAUUAGAUAAUAUAGAAAUGGGCUGUGAUGUUGACCAAGUAUUGAAAAUAGAUCUGAGACAUUCACCAAGUCCAGAAAAUAUGGUGAUUGAUACAACAAGUAUACCAAAGUAUGAAAAUGAUAAUAAUGAUAAUAAUGACUGUGAAUAUUCAUAUGAAAAUAAUUUAAGGAUAAAUGAGUCUGAUCAACUCAAAGCUAAACUAAAAGAAUCUAACAAUAGUCAUCAAAUUAUUAAAGUAGUUGAUAAUUUAACUUCAGUCAGUCCUAUUGUUAGUAAUAAUAAUAAUGCUAGUAAUUCUGCUACUGCUGCGGCUGCGGCUGCAGCUGCUGCUAUUGCCGCUGCUGCAUCAGCAUCGCCUGCCAUAACUUCUUCAUGUGAUAUAUUGAAUAAUGAAUCAGUGAGUAAAAGUAAAACCAAUAAAAUAAAAGACAAUCGACAAGUAUCCGAGUCAUCAAAGAAUAAUCCAAUAAUUAAUGAACAACAAUUUCCAUCACUUGGAAACUGGCUCGCUAAAAUAUCAACAAAACUUCCAAACCUUGAAUUAUUAUCAACGCGCUCGAUUAAUGAUACCAAUAAUAUUCGUCCAGAUUCAGCAAUUACAAUUACUAAUGAGUUAUCACCGCCAUUUUAUCAAUACUAUCAUCAUCAUCGUCAACAGCAACUGCUGCAGCAGCCGCAACUUGAAAUAAUUAAUCAACAACAACAAAAAGUAUCAAAUAAAACAAAUACUAUCAGUUCUUCAAAAAAUAAAAAUACCUUGAGAGAGAUACAUAAUAAAAUAUCUACAGAGACACAAUUAAAAAAUCAACAACAAUGGGAACCAACAGAACAACAGAGACAAUCACAAGCUCAAUUACUUGAAAACAAUUCAAACAAUAAUAAUAUAAAUACAUCAUUUUUAGAAGCCCAAUUACAACAAAAGCCUCAGCAACAAAUAGACCCACAAAUUUAUCCGUCUGUUCCAAUGAAUAGGCUUUUUGCUCGCAAUUAUCCACUGGAUCCUUACAGAUUGCCUCUUCUUCGGCCUCAAAAUAGCCAAUUACCCGAUCCAAUAUCAACGAACUCAAUGCAAUAUCAUCAUGCUAAUGCAUCGGCUCUUUUAAAUCCUAUACCAAUGCCACAAAACGCAUCACUCUCUUACUGGCAUCAACCGAUCGCUAAAGCUCAUACAGAAUCUAAACGAGGAUUUACUGAUAUUCCAAUUAAUUAUGAUCCACUUUCACUUGCCAAAAGAUCCACUUACUCUCAAUUUCAUUCGCUAUUACCUCCAGUACCAAUUAACCUUAUAAAUCCCCCCCAAUAUCAAAUUCAACAACAACAACAACAACAACAACAACAGCAGCAACAACAACAACAACAACAACAACAACAACAACAACAGCAACAACAACAACAACAACAACAACAACAACAACGUCAACAGCAAUUACAUUCGUCACAAUAUGAAAGACUGUGGGAUAAACCUGGACUCUGUUUACGAGCUCCUGAUUCAACAAUACAACCAAUAAACUACCCGUCAUGGCAAACUGCAUUAUUUUCACCAGAAAGUUUAUUACCUGGAAGAAGUUAUGGAUUAAAUAGCAGUUGGACUUCGGAUCCUCGUAAUCUUUUGUCAACAAUCACACCAGCAAUGCAAAAUUUUUCGUCACCUUAUCAACCAAUUGGCAUUUCAAGAAUAAGAAAUGUUAAAGAACGCGUUGACCAAGUACGAAACUGUGAAACUCCCCAUUUAGGUAAAGUUAAUUACAAUCCGAAUACUGCAAAAACACUCGAGUGCUCUAAUUGUGGAUCUCGUGGCCCUGUGUAUAAAUGUUUAGGAUGUGAAAUUGCAUUUUAUUGCAAUGAAUCUUGUCAAGCGCGACACUGGAAUCACCAUGUUACCAUUUGUCCUAAAAAAAUGCCUAAACUAAAAAAAGUUGUGCCUUAAACAUUAUUAUAAUUAUUAUUAUUAUUAUUAUUAUUACUACAAUUGUGCCUUAUUAUUCCUAUACAUAUUUAUUAUUCGUGAUAAAUAAGUUUUUUUUUAUGUGAUUUGCUAUUUAAUUAUUAUUAUAUUUAUUAAUAAAUGAUAGUGUUUAUACCUGCAAUAAUAAUAAUGAUACUUAUAAUAAUGUAUAGAAAUAAUAAUAAUAUUAAUUUAAAAAUAAUACGCUUAAUUGAACGAAAGUUCUUUUAUUUGCUGUGA